AUGGAAUCAAUUCAAGAUCGCCCUUGCAAAUGUUCGCGGCUUGAUUGCCUGAAAUCCGAGCUUGAACACUACUGGCGACACAUUGAUUUGGUUCAUGUCUUGGUCUUGGUUAUCUCUCCCGUCUUCCUCUGCCUGGCCACGCAGUAUAUUCAUUUUCAACGGCAGACAGCUCUAUGGACAUUGUUUCUCUUCCCCGUUGGCAACCUUGCCAUAACAGCAGGCUAUCACCGACUCUGGGCCCAUAAAACUUAUCACGCGAGUUUGCCGCUGCGAUACUUCCUUGCCAUCGUCGGGGCAGGAAUGUUUCAAUGGUCUAUCCUAUGGUGGUGUACUCAUCACAGGAGCCACCACCGCUACACGGAUACUAACAGAGACCCGUACAACGCCCGGAGAGGGUUUUUUUAUUCCCACAUGGGCUGGCUUCUCUUCCCUACACCCGAAAAAUGGGGAGCAGUUGACGUGUCGGAUUUGAAAAAAGACACGGUUGUGGUAUGGCAGGACAAGUAUUAUGUCCCGCUCGCUAGAAUGGUAUCCAUGUUGUUCCCUAGUAUGGUUGCCCAUGUUGGCUGGAAUGAUUGGCAAGGGGGUCUCCUCUACGCCGGUGCGAUCCGAGUUUACCUCGGCUUGCACUUUACUUUUCUAGUCAACUCACUGGCCCACUGGAUGGGAGACCAGCCCUAUGGGGACAAAUUUACUCCACGCCAAAACCUGCUGGUGGCCAUUAUCACGUGUGGCGAAGGGUACCACAACUUCCAUCAUGUCUUUCCCUCCGACUACCGAAAUGGUGUUCACUGGUAUGAUCUGGACCCGACCAAGUGGUUCAUCUGGUCGUGUGAACAACUUCGGCUGGCAUCUCAACUCUCCCGUAUUCCUGAUCGGGAGAUAGAAUAUGCGAGGAAUCUUAUGUUGAGGAUGAGCUGCGCUGGGCCUGAUACCUAUACCAUCCCGCUCGACAGUCCUACAAUGACCUGGGAAGAAUUUGAGAGGCAAGCCAAAGCGGGUCGGUGCUUAGUAUGUAUUGCUGGGUUUGUAUAUGAUUUAAUAGACUUCAUGCACGAUCAUCCAGGAGGGCCCAAACUAAUUCAACAGGUGGUUGGGAAGGAGGCGACGUCUGUAUUUUAUGAGGAAUUUCAUCAUUCACCUCAUGCCACCAAUCUCCUGGCAAGCAUGCGAAUAGCCACGAUUCAUAUAGGGAGAAGCCGGAAUAAAACUUACAGGAUGACGAACACAUGA